GGGCACAGGUGGGUGGCACUGCUGGGCACAGGUAGGUGGCACUUCUGGGCACAGGUGGGUGCACUGCUGGGCACAGGUGGGUGCACUGCUGGGCACAGGUGGGUGAUCUGCUGGGCACAGGUGGGCGGAGCUAGUGGGCGCACUGCUGGGCACAGGUGGGCUGAACUUGUGGGUGGCACUGCUGGGCACCGAUCAUCAGGGCACUGAUCAUCAGUGCCCUAAUGAUCGGUGCCGAUCCCUGCUCUGACAACUGCCGGUUCUCGGCAGUACUUUCCUCACGAUCUGACAGCGUGAGGAAAGUGCAGCCGAGAACCGGCACUUGCAU